UCUCGACCGUCGCUCACCGGGAAGCUACGCUACGACGAAGCAUGGCGUCCGUCACCGCCCGCGCCCCGGUCGCAGCCCUGCGCCCGUCGUCGUCGUCGGCCUUCCUUGGCCACUCUAGCCGCCUCGGCCGCACUGCUACCGCGUCGCCGACGAGGCGGAGCCUCAAGGCGGAGGCCAAGGGCGAGUGGCUCCCGGGCCUUCCCUCCCCCGCCUACCUCGACGGCAGCCUGCCGGGUGACAAUGGCUUCGACCCGUUGGGCCUGGCGGAGGACCCGGAGAACCUGAGGUGGUACGUGCAGGCGGAGCUGGUGAACGGGCGGUGGGCGAUGCUGGGCGUGGCCGGGAUGCUGAUCCCGGAGGUGCUGACCAAGGCCGGGCUGAUCAACGCGCCGCAGUGGUACGACGCCGGCAAGUCGGAGUACUUCGCGUCGUCGUCGACGCUGUUCGUGAUCGAGUUCAUCCUGUUUCACUACGUGGAGAUCCGGCGGUGGCAGGACAUCAAGAACCCCGGCAGCGUCAACCAGGACCCCAUCUUCAAGAGCUACAGCCUGCCGCCGCACGAGUGCGGCUACCCCGGCAGCGUCUUCAACCCGCUCAACUUCGCGCCCACGCUCGAGGCCAAGGAGAAGGAGCUCGCCAACGGGAGGCUGGCCAUGCUGGCGUUCCUGGCCUUCCUGAUCCAGCACAACGUCACCGGCAAGGGGCCCUUCGACAACCUGCUGCAGCACCUGUCCGACCCAUGGCACAACACCAUCAUCCAGACCCUGUCGGGUUGAGUCGACGGUCCAUCAGGUCAUGUGGUCCGAGCUGAAAGGCCGAGACUCGAAGACAGUUCGUGUGAUGCGUUCUUAAUCGACUGAGGGCUAAGGAAUGUGACGUACUGGUAUAUGUACAUUAGUUGAAGCGGAGGCUAUAAAGGGUGUAGAGAUUGUUUCAUCAGUGUAUAUCAUCUGUCCCGAUGGGUUUUGUUUUGUGCUUUUCACGAUUCAUUGUGGAAGCACAUGUAUUAUUAGUACAAGAACUGCUAGUAGAUAUAUAGGCUUAUAAUUAAGCACGACUUCU